AAUUCCUACAAACCUCCCUGAUGGUUAAGCCUCCCAUCUCGCAUUGCUGCAUUUUUCAAGUCUGGCUCAACAAAUGCAGCCACAGUUUGAAUAUAACAUUUCACACCACUGAUUUGUGUAACGUCAUGGAGCAUUUUGGAAACUGUUUGGGGAGCAAGUGAAACUUCAUUGUGGCUGUGGCAAUAUUGCAACUAGAUAAAAAUAAGGAGGGAAAUGAGGCAACAUACAUUGAGAGUGUGACCUUGGGACACCAGACAUUGGCAUAGUCAGGUUCUCUGAAAUGUCUAUUUUACUGCUCCUCACCUACAUGGUCCUUGCCAUGUAGUUGCAGACUUCUCUGGUUUAAUAGCAUGGUAGUUGGUUACCUUAAUAAUUCCUUCCUGUGUAUACUACAUUAUGGCCUCUCUGUAAACCAAUGUUCUUUCUGGGGUGAAUCUCCUGUUUGUUGUCUCUUGGUCGUCCUUGAGUCUAUACCAAAUUAAAAAUCCCCUCUAUUCCAAAAGACCAAAUAAAAUUACAGUAGGUCCAAACUGAGAGCUCUGAAUUAAUUAGGAUUUUGCCUUGGGAAACAGAUGUGAAUGAUGUGAUUAAAUUAAUAAUUAACCUAAAGCAAACACAUGGAAGCUUCAUUUAUAUCUGGAAUAAUUUGAUAAUGCCUGCAUUCAAACACGUAGAGUAUAGAUUCAGAUUCAAUAGAAGACCCUUGCUCUUCAAAAGUGGCUCAAAGGGUACUGAAUUGUCUGUCGUAACAGGUAAGUGGCAGGAUACUGACACUGUUGGGUAUGAGGUUGCACCACAUUUCAUACAGAAUUUCCAGUAGAAGGCUGGAAACAUUGAACUAGACAUUCUUAGACCUUUGAGCACUUAAGGUCUCACUUGAAUUAUGCAUAUUAUUCAUGUUCUUAUAAAUUCUCUCUUGAAAAAGGAAAAAAAAAAGACAAAAAAAAUUCUCUCUUGAACAUUCUGUCCCUAUGAAAACUAUGUAUUCAACUGAACUACAAACAAAAAAAAAAAUGAGUUUCCACUGAUUUCCCUGGGUGAUGUUUUUUGUUUGCUCUCUAGAAUAAAUUGAUCCCUCUGCUCUACACCAGAUAUUCAAACAUCAGCACAAGAGACAGUCACCCUCAAAAUCAUCCAAAUUUAAUGUCAAAGUAUUAUGUACUCACGGAAUGUUUUUUUAAAUGUCAAGCUCUGUUGUGUAUUGCUUUGGUCUUUAUUGCAUUAUCAAGACACCUGCAUGCUAUGAAUAUUUUAAGCAGCAUUUACCAAUAAAGUCACAUUAUAUUUUAUGAGCAGUUCCUCUUUCCGCAUGCUAUCCUGAAGAUACUGUUUAUACAAUUGUUAACUUUUCACUAUUCUUUCUUUUAAACAUAGAAUGUUGUUUAGGGAAAACUGCCUAUGUUUAAUUUCCUGCAUAUUCAUAUUAGGUUGUUCUCUGUCAUAUCCUUACUGCUUAUUGAGGUUGAUUCCUGCUUUAAAUGACUUAAUGUUAAAUACUAAAAAAUGGCUCAUGUAUAUUCAUAUUGAAAAUUAGAUGAAGGGCAAUUUAAGGUAGAAUUUAUGUCACUUGUAUAAACAGAUGUAUGUAAAAAAAAAAACUAUUACCCUAAGAUCUCUAUCAAAUUGGCAUUGUGAGCACCCUUUAAAUUCCAGAUUGAGAAAAAAGUAGGGGUGAGUAUUUCAUUUUACAGGGCUCACUUUGUAAUCACUUUUAUUUUCAUUUUUUCAUGCUUAAUAACCUAUGUUAUUAGGUUAUCUUGGGGUUUAUAGCAUUCAGACAAAUGGAUCUACUCAACUCCCCAAGUCUUUGAGCAGCUGGUGGCAGGUUUAUCUGACCCAUGGAGUCAUGCAAAUGCAUUAAAUCACUAGGCAGUUGUGACUUGGGUUCCUUUUUGGCAACUGCACUACAUCGGCACCUUUGGAGUUGGCAUUAUGUCCUAGUAAUGGUUAUAUUAUACAACCAAUAUAACUGGGAAGUGACCUAAUUAAUGCCCCAUUCAGACAAAGCUUAGAUCUUGGAGUAGCAGGUCUUCCAAGUAAAGGCCCUAGGACAUGUGAAAUCCUAACCCCAGGGAUGGAGGACAGCCUUCACCAAGCCAGGAAGACAUGGCCCCAAAGUGACAGCUCACUGUCAUGCCUUCAUAACUGGUGUGAUUUUGAGAAUGUUAGCUAACCCCAUGAUGUCUAAGUAUCUCUGCUAUGGGAAGAUUGGGAGAAGGGGAUGGAAGAAAAAUUGUUCUGCCUCUUUCAAAGGGUUAUGACAAUCACUGAGAUAACAUUUUAGAAAGAUUUUACCAUCAAAAAAUGAUUUCUAUCUUUAGGGAUCCUUAUUCACUGUGGGAGACCAUGGGAUUCUAGUGGCCAACAUAGGCUUUAAAACAAAUACCAUACAAUAGAAGAAAACAAUUCCAUUGGGCCACGUCAGUCCCCUGGAAAGACUUACACCCACAUUUUUGUGUUUCUUUUCAAAUAUGUAUAUUCUUUAGGACCCCUGCCUCUGGUGGAUGAGAAUUGUCUUCUGGGUGGUAUGGGUGAGAACACUGCCAAAGAAACCUGAAUUAUCCAGAGGCCUGUAAAAUGCACAAUUGCUUUUUAAGAGGCAUGGUGAUAUUGUGUGUUCCUUUCGAUUUUUGGCAGUAACGACUACGUGCAAUUUGUGGUUUUGCAAUUUCUCUCUACACAGACAACACCCUGGCUCUCAUUCAAUGCCCCCAUUGGUGGGGGUGAGGUGGGGAAAGAGAGAGACUCCCUGGGGCUCUGACUGCUCCAGAAAAAGAAGGAAAUGUUAAUGAAAUAAGUCAGAAAGAAUGCUAGAGACUAUUGAAAGCUGGUUGGUUAGUGGGGUUGGAAACAAUGUUUAAUAAAUCGCAUGGUGUGGCUAGGAUUUUAAAAUUCUGGGGCUUUUGUCAACUGAGCAAAGGGCUGUUACCUUGAACUCUGCCGGCCUCUCCACUAAGUUUACUCUGAGUCACAGUAUCAGUCUCGUUUCUUUCUCUUCCUUUGCUCAAUGAGCCUGAAGCAGUGUCUCCUAUGGACUUUGCCCAACCCAACUCCCUGCCUCUUUGGAAUAGGAAGGAGAUUCGCUUGCUUUGCGCAGAGGCUGAGCCACAGGAGAAAGCAAAGCCAAUGUGAUUUAUUGAAUGAAAGCACUGGACAAUUAUCAACAACUUGUUCCUCUGCUGACUCAAACAACCUCAACUGGAACUGCCAUAUGAAAAUGACCCAACAAAUGCAGAAUUUACAUCUUUCUCAGUCAAAAAAACACAGUGCCCCAUCAUCUCCCAAUGCUGCCAAACGCCUGUACAGGAACCUGUCCGAGAAACUGAAAGGGAGCCACUCUUCAUUUGAUGAGGCCUAUUUCAGAACAAGAACUGAUCGGCUGAGUCUCAGAAAGACCUCAGUGAAUUUCCAGGGCAAUGAAGCCAUGUUUGAGGCGGUCGAACAGCAGGACAUUGAUGCUGUACAGAUCCUCCUGUAUCAGUAUACAGCAGAAGAACUAGAUCUCAACACACCUAACAGUGAGGGGCUGACCCCCCUGGAUAUUGCCAUCAUGACUAACAACGUGCCCAUCGCUAGGAUUCUUCUGAGGACAGGGGCCCAAGAAAGUCCACACUUUGUCAGCCUGGAGAGCCGAGCAAUGCAUCUCAAUACACUAGUCCAGGAAGCCCAGGAGAGAGUGAGUGAACUGUCUGCUCAGGUGGAGAAUGAAGGGUUCACUCUGGACAACACAGAGAAGGAGAAACAGCUGAAAGCUUGGGAGUGGAAGUAUCGGCUUUACAGACGUAUGAAAACAGGCUUCGAACAUGCCCGAGCCCCUGAGGUGCCCACCAAUGCCUGCCUCAUGGUAACCAGCAGCACAUCCCUCACUGUCACCUUCCAAGAGCCUCUUAGCAUUAAUGCAGCUGUUGUGACCAGGUACAAAGUGGAAUGGAGCACAUCUAAAGACUUUUCUCCACUGGCUGGAGAACUUGUCAUGGAUAACCUGCAGACCCUAAGAUGCACGAUCACAGGACUGACAAUGGGCCAACAGUACUUUGUUCAAGUCUCAGCUUACAACAUGAAAGGAUGGGGACCUGCUCAGACCACGACACCGGCAUAUGCCUCUCCUUCUAACUGGAAAGACUAUGACGACAGAGAGCCCAGACACAAGGGACAGAGCGAAGUUUUGGAAGGUCUGCUGCAGCAGGUCCGAGCCCUUCAUCAGCAUUUCAGUUGCCGGGAAAGUUCAAAAUUACAAACCACAGGCCGCAAGCAAUCAGUUUCAAGGAGCCUGAAACACCUAUUCCAUUCCUCAAACAAGUUUGUGAAGACUUUAAAACGAGGACUCUACAUAGCUGUUUUAUUUUAUUACAAAGACAAUAUGUUGGUCACCAAUGAAGAUCAAAUACCGAUUGUUGAAAUAGAUGACUCUCACACCAGUUCCAUCACACAAGAUUUUCUGUGGUUCACAAAGCUGUCUUGUAUGUGGGAAGACAUAAGGUGGUUAAGGCAAAGCGUACCUAUCUCCAUGUCCUCAUCCACAGUGCUGCAAACUAGGCAGAAGAUGCUCGCAGCAACAGUCCAGCUACAGAACUUGCUGGGAACACACAAUCUGGGAAGAGUUUACUAUGAGCCCAUUAAAGAUCGGCAUGGAAACACACUCAUAGUCACCAUUAGAGAGGUGGAGAUGCUUUAUUCAUUCUUCAAUGGCAAAUGGAUGCAGAUCUCCAAGCUGCAAAGCCAGAGAAAAUCUCUGUCAACACCAGAAGAGCCAACGGCCUUAGACAUUUUACUAAUAACUGUACAGGAUAUUCUCUUCUAUCACAAAAGGAGUCAUCAGCGUCUCUCCCCUGGAUUAUAUCUGGGUUACCUAAAGCUAUGCAGCUCUGUGGAUCAGAUCAAAGUUCUCGUCACCCAAAAGUUACCCAACAUUCUCUGUCACGUGAAGAUCCGUGAAAACAAUAACAUCUCCAAAGAGGAGUGGGAAUGGAUCCAAAAGCUUUCUGGCUCUGAAGCUAUGGAAAGUGUGGAUCAUACUUCUGACUGCCCCAUGCAAUUGUUCUUCUACGAGCUCCAGAUGGCAGUGAAAGCUCUCCUUAAACAGAUCAAUAUACCUCUACACCAGGCAAGGAACUUCCGCCUCUACACACAGGAGGUGUUGGAAAUGGGUCACAAUGUGUCCUUUCUUCUCCUGCUCCCUGCCUCAGACGACGUCUGUACAGCCCCAGGACAGAAUAAUCCUUACACCCCACACUCAGGGUUUCUUAACCUCCCUCUUCAGAUGUUUGAACUUGUUCAUUUUUGCAGCUACAGGGAGAAAUUUAUUGGUCUGUAUUGCCGCCUUUCUGCUGUUGUUGAGCUGGAUUCUCUGAAUACUCAACAGUCCCUAAGGGAGGCGAUCUCAGACAGCGAGGUUGCCGCUGCCAAACAAAAACACCAGCAAGUCUUAGACUUCAUUCAGCAAAUAGAUGAAGUGUGGCGUGAAAUGAGAUGGAUCAUGGAUGCUCUGCAGUAUGCAAGAUACAAACAGCCAGUUUCUGGCCUGCCCAUCACUAAGCUGAUAGACCUCUCAAAUGAGCAGAACCUAAAAAAGAUCAAUUCUACAUCAUCACAUAUAGACUGUCUUCCAUCACCAUCACCAUCCCCAGAGAUGCACAGAAGAAAGGCAAUGAGUGAUUCACAGCCCUGUUCUGAUGAAGAAGGCUGCUCGGAAGUUUUCCUCCCCACUGACAGCGACUACGACUCCAGUGAUGCCCUGAGCCCCCGGGACCUGGACCUGGUCUACCUGUCCUCACACGACAUCGCCCAACAGGCCUUCAGUGGCCUAAGCGGCAGUGCUCCCGACGUCCUACAGGUGCAUGACAUGAAGACGCCGGCGAGGCUGGGCGAUGACACCCAGGGCCAGGUCUGCGGCCCAGAUCCUGACCAUGCAUGCACCGAAGUCCUCCACAGUCUAAGCCUCACUGGCUUCACACCCAAGAAUCACACCAAGAUGGCGCCGAGUGCGCGGCCACCGCUAGGCUUUCUGGGAAAGCGGAAGCCGGGCAAGCACCAGCACUACAGUGGCUUCAGCCGCCACCACCGCUGGCUGCGCAUGCACAGUGAGACGCAGUCGCUGUCGCUCUCCGAGGGCGUGUACACACAGCACCUGUCGCGAGCCUGCGGGGAGGCCGAGCAGCCCGGACCUGCCCUCGAUGGGCCCCGAGGCCUGGCUCUGGCCCACGCAGCUAGCUUCCCUGAGGAAAGGAAGAGCAGCCUCCUGGACGCAAGGCCUUCCAUCCGCGGCAUCUACGUGGAGUCCUACCCCACAGCCCUGGCUGGUCAGGACGCAAAGCCGUGGGCCGGCUUGAGCCCGCCCCCUGGAGGCCGCGGCGGCUUGCCCAGCCCCACAGGCCGGGAGAUGGGCAGGGAGAGCCCCACCAGCACCCCAGUGUCGGAAAUCCUCAGCAGCAUGCUGUAGGGAGGCCCACGCUGGCUGGUCUCUGCCCACGCACACUAGUCUCUGCGUUAUCCACCUCCCUUCCCCUAGGCUGCCCCAGCUUGUCCCCGCCGUUUUAAAACAUUUUAAAUGUUACAAAUCCAAAGGUUACCGGUUCUAAAGGCCCUCUUUUGAAGAGUACAGUGCAGUGUGGAAGCCAGGGUUACCAGUGCUGAUCCCUGUUCAGCCUAGAAUGGGCAAAGAGGCGCUUUUGUGUCAACGUGGAAUCCGAGAUGCAGUGAUCCACGUGUUAUCCUGUUGGUGGCACCUGCAACUGAGGUAGACCAGCCCAGACAGACAACUUCAGGUCUGCGUCUUGCUCUGUGAUCCAACCGCUGAGUGUAGGACUCUGAUGACUUCGUGACUGGUGAGAAGGAGUUCUAGAGAUGAAAGUAAGAUGAGUUUUUCCCUCCACUGCAAAUAUUUAGAGAAUUUGCAGGGAAAGAAGCCCAGGGGGUGUCUCUAGAGUAUAGGGUUAUGUGGACUUGUUCUAGAUUCUCUGUCAGUUCUGCCCAGGUCUUUCCAAAGGCAGCGUUCUCGGGACUCACCAAAUCCCACUUACCUGAUGAAGCAGGCCUUGGACAGCGAUUCCCUUUGCUUAGUGCUGUGCGGGGCACACCAGACAGAAAAGUAUGGGACCCUUCUUGCUCCAUCUUAUAAAGGCAGGGCAGAGCAAGAAGCAGCCCUGCCCUCACACUUGGCUCCAAGACAUGAAAAUAGCUGUAAAUUGUUCGUGGUGCAAGAAAUUGGUUAAGUGAGAGCUUGAAUUACAAGACAAAAGGAAGGAGAAAGACAUGAGCAACACUGUAUUUCCUCUACAACCCCACUAUAAGCAGAAUAAGUCCGGGGGGAUAUGCCUUGGAAAAUUAUGGUGAUCUGCUUGAUUCUUAAGAAACCUUUAAACAAGAAAAUGCCCUGCAGACCUGGCUAGGCAUGGAUGGACUCCUUACAGCCCCACAGGCACAGCCACUCAUCCCAAGGGACAGAUUGUCCAGGGCUGGGGUGACCACCUGCCCCCUUCAAUGUGUCUCUCUCAUAAUCAAUAUGGCCCUGAGAUAAUUGGCUGAUAGGCCCUGGGGAAAAUCGUCCUUGGACAUCCCUGCCAGUGAUUUCUGACAAAGGUGUGUUCAAAAACACCUGGAAAUCCUGCUUUGGUCUCACUGCCUCUUACCUGAAUUUCCCUCACAGGAGAAGCCCUGGUGAAAGAGAAAUCACACUGCGUAUUUUAGAAAAAGCAUAAGGCUUCUCAUCUCCUGGAGGCAAGACUGUGCAGCUCACUGACAUGCUAAAUGGUCCUUCUCCACGUCACAGGCAUGUUGGCUAAAUGCUGUGUUUUAUGAUACUAUCCCCGUCCUCCAAGUCCCACCAUUCUCUCAUGGGAGUACGUACAAAUUCCCCUGUUCACAGUGUUAUUCUGAUCCCUUCCAUUUUUUUAAAACAUUUGAUUUAAACAUAAAUAAUUACCCUGCUGGCAAGGUACAGAUUUGGCCCAUGGCCUAUGGUCAUUAGAAAACUAAAGCCCUGAGCUCAGCCUUUAUUUUUUUUAAGAGAUUUUAUACUCAGUGAACCCCCUAAAGCAUCUUGAUCAGAAUCACUACAGCUCCUUUUCCAUGCCUGAGAGGAUUUUAAGAUGUAGUUUUCUUCUAAGUGAGUUCUAUGUGUGGAAGGAGUGAGUGAUAGAGCUAGAAGGGGUCAUAAAAUCCAUCUCAGUCGUUGGGUUUACAGAUGGGACAAUAAAAGCCCAGAGAGGUUAAGUGAUUUGCUUGGGAUCACAGAGCUGAUUUAGUCUCAGAGUUAGAACCCAGAACCAUUCCAUUUGUAGCAGCCUUCCCCAUUGGGUAUUGGUAAAAGCCCAGUCAAGUCUUGAUUUUUUUUUAAUGGGCAACUUCAUCAACCUUCUGUGAGGAAAAGAUGCACACCCAUAAAAGGAAUAAUGUACAGAUUUCAAUGGGCAUACUUAACCCACUGAAAAAUGCAUUUCCUACUAUUAGUCUUCUGUAAAAACUGGAUAUGAUGCAUCCUCAGUGAUUGGCCAUUGAGGAUCAGAUAGGUUCCUCCCCUGCCUUCACUUUGAGAGCCCAGUUGAAAUUAGCACAUUCUUGUGAGAGGCCAUUGAGUUCUCCAGUUCAUUGUCGUUUUUUGUUCUGAUUCAUGAUAGACACCUAACAAUGUCUGAGGAUUUUUUUUUAAAUUUGUUUUAUAUUUGGUUGCUUGGCUUUUGUGUGUUUGCUUGAGAUGAUGGACUCAGCCUUUUAUUAUUUUAAAGUCCAAUCUGAGAGCCUCUGGAGGAAACUUUCUGGGCCAGGUCUUCUUUUCCAGGGCUUUCUAACAUGCUUCACUCUCACCUGUAUUUUCUAGCUCUCCUCAUUUGUGAAAAUCCUCAAAACUCAUCAAAUGGGGCCCUCCAUUUGUCUGUCUCUAUUCUAAGUUCCCAAGGGACCAAAGAAUCAAUGGGAAAACAUUCCUAGGCCACAAGGAACUCACACUAUGAUCUAAGAAUAUAGCCAUACAUUCACCAUAUGUCGCCUCAUCAAUAACUUAGAAAAGGACAGGAGCCUGUCUUCCCAGCCAAGAAGACAUAGUGUAUGUUGGGCAAGGCCACCUUGAUCACUCAUACCAUCUUCUCAUGAUGGAGAACAGCCUGGAAAAUGCAGGGUAUGGAUGUUCAUAUAGGCUGGGCAUCUAUGUCCAAGGCGCUUACAUCCUCUUAAUUGGUGAUGAUACCUAGGAGAUAGUAAUUAAAAACAUUCACUCCAGGGAAUGAGUGUUUUGAGAUUUGGAUACUUAAAGAUGAGGUCCAUUCCAUUUUAAGAACAUUCACUAAUGCUUGAAGCAAUAAUUACAGUGGAGAAAAUGGUUCCAUUUGGUUUGAAAAUUGAAGCCAGUUAGUAAUAAUAUUCCACCAGUCCCCUUUCCUGAAGGAUCCCAAAGCACUUUAUGAAAAGCAAUGACUGAAGCCUUGUUGUACUCCCCUAAAGAGACCUUGUCCCAGAGCCACCUGGCAAACCCCUACCCCAUCCUUGCCAGGAGAUCGUGCCAGACAAGUGGAAAAGAGGACUGGCCCCUCAUUCAUUGUUAUCCUCCCACACAAACGUGCACCCUAGUGAGUCCUGAGGUCCUUGCUUGAGGAUAACUGUGAGACAAGGGGGCACACCAAAAAAUCCCAACUCCUUGGCCUGAUUUUGUUCUUCACUCUCUCCUAGAGAACUAUCUACUCAAGCAGUUAAGGGGUCUGCAGUGCAUUUAAGUUCCCUAGUCACAUGAACAGCACACAGAAUUCACUGGCUUCUGAAAACAUGCACAUGUCAAGAAGACGAUGCCAUUAUUGUACAGCUCUCUUAACUUCGCAGGUAGCAGAGCUACCGUGGAGAGUGUGCAUCUCUUGGUAUAUUUGUUUAUUAAAUGAUAACAUAGUUAUUAGAGAGGGUGGUUGCAGAUUAACGAGAGCAGUCUCAGAGAAUUCAGAGUGCUAUGUUGUCAUUUUACAAAGUCUAAAUAUUUUUCCAGAUGAUAAAGUGAAGCGAAUCUAGGAUGCUUUUCUUCAAGGUCAUAUCUUUAAGGAAAUUUUUAACAACUUAUUUGAAGAGCAAUGGCAUCUCUGCAUAGGUGAACAAGGAAAAAGCUCGUUUCUUUGCUGGUCACUUCUCAUAAGAUGUUCAAACACAUGGCUUAUGACUGUUAAGCUAAACUUCAAUGCGGCCUUACAAACAACAAGGGUAGUGUAUUUAAAACUAUGUUGUACAGCUUGGAAACUUAUUCUAAGAUCUUAAUUCAGAGUUUUUCUGAGGUGUUGAACUUUGCCAUUAGCAAAAAGUAUUUUUAGAAAAAAAUCCAUUGACUGUUUAUGAAACACUGAUUUUGCCAUAUUUUGAGUCUCUGGUUUUUCCACCACAUCUGCACACAGUAGUUAUAGUCGUGGUUUUUUUUUUUUUUAAAUCAUUCCUUUUAUUUCCAUUAAGAAUGAAUUUGUAAAACGGAUAUUCAAAAAGACAGUUGGUUUCGACAACCUGGUAAGUGGAUUGUGAAAAAUUUCUAUUUUAAUAAAGGAAGUAGGAGGAUUGUUGUGGUUGUUGUUGUUUUAAAUAUUACCUGAGAGUCUUUCCACUCCAGACACAUACUUUCUUUUAAUUUUAGCAAAAGCCAAUAUUUAACUCAGCAUCAAGUGUUAUGAAAUUAUUAGUUAAUGUGCUUUUUCUCCUCUUCUGUCAGUCCAUGAUGAGAAAGACUGAAUAUACUUUCACAGUGACCACCAUCCAGUUACUGACUUACAAAAGCCAGGUCUGGCAAAUUGUUGUAAGCGACUCUGAAUUACCAGAUUCUCUUGCCUUGUGACACACCAGAUGUUUGGGGAUAUCCUGUGUAUGUGGUCCCAAGCAUCAGUUUGAUCUUUGUGAUGGAAAAAGAGAGCAGAGUGUGUACGUGUGUGUAUGUAUAUGUGUGUGUGUGUGUGUGUGUGUGUGUGUGGUGGGGGAGGGACGUUCCACAGAAAAAGUCAUUUAAGAGGCAUUCUAUUAGGCAGUGUUUAAUUGCUUCCUGCCUAAUGUGUACAUAGUAAUCUGUCUGAUUAUUGGUUGUUAUUUGUUCAGAAUUUAUUGUAUCUUGUUGCUAUGUAUGCAACUGAGUGUAUGUUAAAGUUUAGACUUCAGUAUGUUAUCUGCACAAUUUUGUGUGCUUUAAACCUCUGUAAAUAUAUAGAUGAAUCAUGUAUAGUGUGGUAAAUGUGACCUCCAAUCUUGAAACAAUAAUUUUUAGUAGUAUGUACAUUUGGAAACUAUUUGAACAUUUUAAAUGGACAUUGUAAAUGGCCAGUACUCUCAGUCAAAAACAGCCCCGGCGAAACACAUGCCUCUUCAACCUACCGAUUUAUAAGAAGAGGCCAAGAGGGUUAACAAGAAUUCAGAUAAUUUUUCUAAUGGCAAGUAUUUUUGAUAAUUUCCUACCUGCCUAAUUGUAUUUUUAAGAAAUAUUGUCAACAGAAGAAAUCUUAACUAUCAGAGGGAAUGACUUUGUUUCAUAAGCAUUAAAAAUACUUUCUAUCUCGCCUGAUAUUGUGGAAAUCUAGGUGAAAGUUGAAGAAGUCAAAAACAUUUUUGAUUCUGCUUAAGAUUUUUUUGCUGUUUCAAGGACAGUUUCCAAGCCUUUUGUCUUCAGUGUGAGGAGCUGUCAAUUAAAUAAUAAACUAAUAGUAUUUUUCAGUACUUGGCUUGCCCAGUGCUUAUGCCGUGUCUCAAAGAAGACACAAACAAUUUUCAACCUGAGCUGUUAAAACUCUUCUUGAAACUUGGGAAGAGUCUUUAAUGGAGGCAUUGUUUUGAUGAUUAUUAGCAAAGUCUGACCAGCUGGCUCUUGAGUAAUCAAUAGAGUUUGGGUUGUUUCUUUUUUGUGAUUGACUAUUGCCAAGUAUUGAAAAUAAAGCAUCAGGUUGCCAUGGCAAGUACACUCACCAAGUUGUACCCAGCAGCUAGGCCUUCAUGAUCUUACUUCUUCCCCCACUGCAUGCAAGUAUAAAUGUCUUUAGUGUAUUUCUGCAUGUGCUGUCCUAUCUAGAGUUCUCUGUCCCUUCUAUUUCCACACCUACAGAGCUCCUCCUACCCUCACUCCCUCUGGCUGAGAUUUAAGAUUUUUUUUUCUGUGUUUGAAAACACAACAUAGAGAUUCCUUCCAUCUGAAGAAUCUGCACAAAGGUUCUCCUGAAUUCCCAAAGAUGGGAAAUGCACUUCUUUGGGCCAUGUAUUUGUCUUAUGUUGAUUUCAGAAUUCUUUUACACACACAUACACACACACACACACACACAGGCACGCACGCACGCAAAUUCACCUCUUUACCAGCAUGUUUGUGGUCAGCUUUCCUGACAGCCUCAGAGGGCUGUUUUGUUGUCCUGGCUCAAUAUGCUGUUUUUCCUAUGUCAAUUGUCAUCUUUCUAAGCAAACCAUUACUUUCUUUUCCCAAAUUUGUCUUUAAAUAAAAGUUUACCUUCGCUUUCAAACCAAACAGGUGGCCUUGCUCUUUAAUAUCCCGUGUCCUCUUGGGAAGGUCUUAGGGGAGGGACAGAAUGGGGCAGAGGGUGAGAGGAGGUCUUUCACAUUCUACCUGCUAAAUAGGAAUAAUGCCUCU